AUCAUCCUCCCAUGGACUGACUUGUUUGUUGUCGAGCAAAGAUGGAGUUCCUUUUGGGAAAUCCUUACAGUACGCCAGUGGGACAUUGCAUCGAAAGAGCCACUGAUGGCUCCCUGCAGAGUGAAGACUGGACCCUCAACAUGGAAAUAUGUGACAUCAUCAAUGAGACAGAAGAUGGGCCAAAGGAUGCUAUUAGAGCAGUGAAGAAGAGGCUGAAUGGUAACAGGAACUACAGGGAAGUGAUGCUGGCUUUAACGGUCCUGGAGACUUGUGUUAAGAACUGUGGCCAUCGUUUUCACGCUUUGGUCACCAGCAGGGACUUUGUUGAUGGUGUGCUCGUUAAAAUCAUCUCCCCUAAAAACAAUCCACCUACAAUCGUUCAAGAUAAAGUUCUCGCCCUUAUUCAGGCGUGGGCUGAUGCCUUCAGAAGCAGUCCAGAUCUUACAGGCGUGGUACAGAUCUAUGAGGAGCUCAAGAGGAAAGGCAUCGAGUUCCCCAUGUCAGACCUGGAGACCUUAUCACCUAUACACACACCUCAGAGGUUGGCAUCAGCUCCAGAGGGCGACGCUGCCCUUCAUAAGUUCAGCACCACUACUCAGCCCACACCACAGGCUGUCCCACCAGCCUACACCAGCCCUCAGGUCCCCAACAUUCAUGCUUCUGGAUCCAUCAAUCCUACACCUGAACAGAUUUGCCGGCUGCGCAGUGAGUUGGACAUUGUGCGUGGAAACACUAAAGUGAUGUCAGAGAUGUUGACUGAGAUGGUCCCAGGACAAGAGGAUGCUUCAGACUAUGAGUUACUACAGGAGCUGAACAGGACCUGCAGAGCCAUGCAGCAGAGGAUAGUGGAGCUCAUCUCUUGUGUUUCCAAUGAGGCAGUGACUGAGGAGCUGCUGCAUGUCAACGAUGAUCUCAACAACAUUUUCUUACGCUAUGAAAGGUAUGAGCGAUUUAGGUCUGGGAGGUCCUCAGCUCAGAGUGUCAACAAUGGGCUGAGACAGGUCCUGAGUGAGGCCACAGAGGACAACCUCAUAGACCUGGGCCCGGGCUCCCCAGCGGUGGUCAGCAACAUGCCGAACGCAGCCCCAAGCAGCCUGCCCCCCACCAUCACAGCCCCUGUAGGAAGGCCUUCCUCCCCAGCCACCUUGGCCUCCCGUCUGGCCGGCCUCGACGUGGGUGCUGACAGUGUGAGCAGCACACUGAGCUCUCUGUCGAGCUGUAAGCCUCCUCCUGGGCAGGACGACUUCGAUGUGUUUGCUCAGACUAGGACUGGAGCGCUGCCCGAACCACGCAAGACCACUACAGCAGAAGACCAUAGUGCGUCUGAGAGCCUUCCUCCCACUCUGGACGUCCAACAGCCGACUGCAGGAGCGGGUGUCGGAGGCCAGUCCUCUGUCAUGGAUGACAUAGAGGAAUGGCUGUGUACCGAUGUGAAAGGAGAUGAGGGUGAAGAAGGCGUGACAAGUGAAGAGUUUGAUAAAUUCCUGGAGGAGAGAGCCAAAGCUGCAGAGAUGGUCCCCAGUCUACCGUCGCCCCCCAGUGGUGAUCCGGGCACCGCGCAGGAAACCCCUAGCCGCAAGAAGCCAGACAGGCCGGAGGACGCUCUGUUUGCCAUGUAGACCUCCCACUUCCUGUCCUCUGUUCCUCAGACCCCAAGCAGCAUCACCCGAGGACAGACUGACCGACACUAAAACACAUCCAACACUAUUCAGUCACAUUACAGAGAUCUGUUCAUGCUCUACUCAUACGAAAAAAGGGAAUUAUUCAUGAUUUCUCACAAGAAAGGGAUGACCAAACCAACGGCCUAUUUUUGAUAAAACAAUGGAUUGACGAAGAAUCUCCCUCCGCCUGCUGUGGACUGCAGAGCUUCAUGUUGCAGCUAAUCCUAAAAUAGUUUUAUAAAAGAGAGUUCUGCUGUCUCCGUCAUUAGUACGAAAUCUUACCCAAAGCCCCCAAAGCAUGCAUCAAAACAUUUUUACGAGUAAAAAAAACCCGACAGAAAGAUGCUGGUUGUUCCUGCAGAGAUGUUCGUUAGCGGCAGCAUCACUGAGGAUAUAGUUUUGGUGUUUGUUUCGGCCCGUUUGCGAGUCAGUGCGAGUUGUAAAUCUGUAAAUGACAAAUGUCCAGUUUAUGAGUCGUGUGAAUAUUUAAGCUACAGAUGUAUGAAAGAGAUGUUGAUUUAUCGAAAAAGGGUUUAUCUUCCAGCUGCUCUGACAGACGGGAUGUACCUCACUGGUGUCAGGGAACGUUAGACAUCUGAUCAUCUAAUUCAAAAGGAAGAAGAGGAAGAAGGGAAUGUAGUUUAUGUGAUUGGCAUAAUUGCGCACAAAACCAACAAAUGUGCCCUUUUUACCCUCCGAGAAUGCUGCGUUCACAUGGGAUGAGGGAGACCGCACACUGUCGUUUUUAGUAGAUGAGAGAAGGAUACUGAAUUUAGGAGAGACUUCAAGAGUUUGAACUUUUAGCCGUCCCCCCAAACAGAAUAUUAUCUCACUCCUUCACACGUGGAGGAACCAAUUAUUACAGAAAAUAAUACAGGGUUCCCAUAGUCAUUGGAAACCUGGAAAAAUCAUGGAAUUCCACUAGAAGUUUUGAAAAAGUCCCAUAAUUUGUUUGUUGUGUGAAAUUGUCACAGUAAUUUUCCAUGAAAAACCAGAGAGAAGACAUAACAUUGCUCUAGUGUGUUUCGUUUGAUGUUUUGUUGACCAGGACUUACAUUUCCCUAUUUUUUUUCCACUGCGUUCCGUCUUUUCACUAAUGUAUGCUGGCUAGCUAGAAAUAUAUCUGAAUUUGAUAUGUGUAAAAAAGCGAGAGUAGACAAGUAGGACGUGGGAACCCUGAUAAUAAACAGGAAAUAAUUUUGUUGAAUACAUUUUAUUUAGGGCUAUCAAACAAUUUUUUUUUUUUUUAACUGUCGUUAAUCGACAAACAAACAAACAAAUUGUAGUAGGUAAUCAGGAUUUGUCAAAUUUUUCAUGGCAUGUUUAAAAUUCCAUAAUUCCAGAUUUCCAACACUUGACAUCCAUAUUAACAAAGUUAGGCAAUUCUUACCCGAGUGUCCUGACUGGGAAUCAAAUGAAGGCAAAGAAAUUGACUUUUUGAUCCUGACUUUGAGAUUUCUUUCUUUCAAAUUAAGUGCUGCACUGCUACAACAGUAAAACCAGGACUUAGAGGGAGGAAACACUUCAGAGUGCUGAUUUUGUCAGAUACCUCUUUGUUUGAAAUAUGCAGGACUGCACGGUACAAAAUGUGCAGCUUUUUUUUUUUUUUUUUUUCGUACACAUGACUGUAAGACAUAUGACUGGUCACGACAUGCCAGCCUGAGGACGUCCCUUAGACCAGAGUCUUUCACCAUGUUGCCCGCAGUCAGUUUUACCCAGUUUGCAGCGCUGUAGUUAACUUCUUGGAUUUAAUUUCAUCCACAGGUCUGUGGUGAUUCUUUGGCGAUGCGGUUACCUGCCGACAUCAGUCUGGUUAGCUGCAUCUGCGUGCUCAGCUUGUAGGUGGGAGCUCAAACUCAAAGCACUUUGGUGAUAUCUUGAUUCUCUUUGACAUAAGGUGCAGAUUACUUUUGACUUGUUGACUGAGUUGUCUGGCAGCUUUUAAACUCAGUAGUGUUUUAUGUUCCAUCACAGCUGCAGCAGGAAGCUGCUGCGGCAGCUCGGCUACAACUUUGAAGGCGUGGAUGUAUUAAGAAAGCUUGGAUACAGCACUGAGGCGUUCAUUCUUAAGAGAGCUGCUCAGUGGUGCAUGAAGGACUAAAUGCUCUGUUUCGGCAGUGUAAAAGUACCAUUUCUGUGAUAUCAAAGCAUUAUAGAGCAUGCACACUGUGAUUGAGCGGGUAACUUCCACCAGCAGGGUGACUGACUUCCAGUUUAGCGCUUUGCUAGCUGGACUGACUUGAAUCUUGUGACGCUUUUCGACUUUAAAAAUGUUAUCAAACUGAAUGGAUUGAAUCUUGAUAGUGAAAUGAGUCAUUCUGCUGAGGUUUUGAUGCUCACAAAAAUGUAUCUAUUGAUUUAUGUCUCUUUCACAGUUUAAGUCGAUGUGAAAAGGUCUUUCUGGGCUCCAUUGCAUCAUGUGACGGAGUAAUUCCACUUUCAGCCACUGUGUAAAGCUUGCUUCAAAGCCCGGCGCUCUUCCUAGGGGUUGGUUGGAGGGACAAAAUAGACGUGUGUUACAAUCAUAUCACGAUAAACGUGUUAACACUGACAGCCCUAGUUUGAUUCCCCUCAUUGUAAACAAUUCAACUUUAGCUAAGAAUUGGGGUUAGACCCUAACCCAACAUAUCAUCGAGCAUGUUUUGUUUUAGCGUUCUGCCAUUUUGUCAGACUGUUUGUUUUCCCGUCCAGGUGUUUUGCAGCUGUCUGAUUCCACGUGAACGCAGCAUUAAUCACACUCGGUAGAUUUCUCGUUGUAACCGCAGUUGUGAGAUUAUUUUGCUGAGAUUUUAUUCGCCUAAAGCUGCUGUCUGAAGUUUUGCAGGAUGCUGAAUUCCAUCUGCUGAAAACUUUUAAUUAAUCUAGUUUAUGUAAUCAGAUACUUUGUGUCAUGACUUUACCUGGGUUGAGUUCACAGAGAGAAGUGGUGUUAUUUUGAACCGAAUCCCAGUCAGAGCUGGAGAGUUUUAUUUGUAGGUUUAACUCCUUUUUUUCGCUGAAUGAUUUUUGUUUUAAAAAAUAGAGUUUAGAGGACCAAAACUGUGCUUUCUCCUGGAUGUGGUAAUUGGGUUGUCUGUACGUGAUCCGGUCCUUUCUUUGACUCAGAAGCUUCAUCUCCAGGGAUUUAAUGAGACUUCAAUAUCACACUACAAAAAGCUGUUUGCACACUAUGUUUUUCGUGCAUUUUCUCCUUUCUUGACAUCUUAAAAGGCUCUGACCUUUUUCCGACGUGACAUUUGUUUUCAGAAAUGAGCCGACUGCAGACGGAGCACUACAAAUGAGACGUUUAUUUUUUUUUUUUUCCUCUCCCGACGAUAAUAAUAAAUGUUCCACAAUCACGACGAGCUGAAAACAAGCGUGCACUUUGACAGCCACGUUAGCUUUCGACCCCUCCUGUAAAUGAACCAGAUGUAAUUAAUGUUUGGAGUGUAGAGAUAAUUUAUUCAGCACUAUUUUUUUGUCUUCAGAUCAGUAUUUUGAAUCAUUUUAUCGUGCAGAAGGGACAGGAUGAGAAAAAGAGUUUUAGUGUUUUUGUUAACAGAGUUCAGAUUUUCCUUUUUAUACGUCGUCGCUGCUGCUGUCUCACGUAUCUUCUGUGUUCUGUUUAUUAGUCAUGUGGAUCUUGUUGGUUGAAUGUGUCCGUGAAAAGUAAAAUGAGAUAAGGGCAGAAUCACAGUUUAUCUCAUGAAGGAGUCUUCUUUUUAAUAGUUUCACUCUGACUGACAUGCGCACGACUAACAGACAGGAUUCACAUACUUUGGACGAUGCAUCAACAUUGCACAUUCUGAAAGGGAAACCUCCUUUCUCCUUGUUUUAGUGUUCAGUGUGUGUGUGUGUCAUUUGCUCUGUAUCUCAGUUGAAAAAAAGAAGCCUCCAAAUGUGUGUUUUAAA